AUGGUAGGUUCUUUCAGAGUAAAGUCGAAACAAUAGGAUGCUGUCCAGGAAGAUGUAUAUGUCCUCCUAUCGGUCUAACUGCAUCCACUGCACCUGGGGCUGGGGAGAGAAUCUGGCAUUUCUUUGUAGAGGGUUGUAACUGCAGAGGAAGUUGUAGAAUUUUUGGCCUCGACAUGUUUUUUCAGUGCUUGAGGUAGUAAGUUUCUCCACCAAGAUUACUUUCGGGCGCAUCAGAAUUAUAGCAGGAAAUGGAAUGGUAAUCAAAAUCAUCGCCUUCGUCUCCUUUGACAUAGGUAAUUCCUACUCCUAGUCAGCGAGGUGUCCUCUGGCUUUAGUGUGAAGUAGGUGUGUUUAUUUCGUGUUGUGAUCACGCAGCAGGAGGUCGCGCUGCCGAGGUGGUCAGGUCGUACUUAUUUUGCACGACCGAGGCAGUCUCCUUUCACUACUCUCUUUGUCGUCCUCGCUGGAAAUAAAAUAUUAAAUCAAGAUGUUUAGUAUCAGCAAUAUUAGUUUCUGGUCGUCGAACCACGAGUCUAAACGGUCGGUCGCAUCGGCAUCGAACCAAAAUUCUUCUAAACGCGGCGUUCCGGCGCAUGGGCAACAUAUUUUUAUACAGCGGGAUGCGAACAGGCACGGUUCCGCGCCCGGUUGUACAACAGCAUCAACGGGGAUGAAAAAGACAAAGAGCCGCACGGCAUCUCCGGUGCGGGAUGUUCUUGAGAUCCCCCGACCACGGGAUGAGAAGCCGCACACCUCCGCGCCUUUCCAGCGAAGCAAUGAAAGGAAGGAAAGCGGGCUGCGAAAACCUGCAGGGCAAUCGCGUCGAGUACUGGACAUGAAUCCGCGUCGAGUACUGGAUUUUUAUUGUUUCAUGGAAAAGGAAAGGACCAAAACCGCAGUUAUUGCUAUGCCUCAUUCUUUCAUCAUCAUAAGCGGGGCUGCAGUAUUUUGAAAGUGACCCAUUUCUCGAACCAAAUGCUUUAUGCUAUACCUGAACAAUGAAAUCAAGCACACGUCAACAUGUCAUCUAUCUUUGCUAAUUAUAACCUCACUGCAGAAGCAGAAGCAGAAGCAGAACCACAACCACUGACUGCUUGCUUGCACGAAAAAACUUUUCAUCUUCAGGACAACUUCUUCCACAUGUCUAUGAAACCCAUUGCCGCGAUUCCGAGCGU